UCAGCCCGCCUGCUCUACCUCCAUCAACAGUUUGGAGGAGCUUUCUCCAUGACCUGGCAUGGACGGAGUUAGGCACCCGUCCUCCCCUCCCCUCCCAGGAGCUAUACUCUUCACUGUAGUAUGAAAUGCCUUUAUUAAAUUGGGAAGUUUUGAGGAUUUGAUGGAGCGACGGAAUGUUUAGUGUAGCUCGGUGAAGCUUUUUUUUCGGAGGGCCAGCAGACGGAGAGGCGCAGCUGACGUUUUGGGGGGGGGGGGAUCAUGGCGGCGGAGGUGAGUCUAAGCAGCGGCAGUAGUGACACAUCGAGUACGGGCGAAGAGGAGCGGGUCAAGCGCCUCUUCCAGACCUGCGACGGGGACGGAGAUGGCUACAUCAGCAGGAACGAUCUUCUGAUGGUCUGUCGCCAGCUCAACAUGGAAGGCUCUGUGGCAGAGAUCAUGGACCAGCUGGGGGCGGAUGAAGAGGGCAGAAUCUCCUUUGAAGACUUCAUGUGCUGCCGCAUGAGAUUGGUGAAUGAAAUCCGAAAGGAAGAGGGUGAGCUGUCACUGCGGUCAGGUGAUCUUGACAGGAAGGAGUUCCAGGAACCUGUGUCCUUCUGGCCAUCAAGCACUGAAAACAUCCUGGUGACUCUGUCCAGGACCAGGGACAGCUGGGACCGUGACACUGGAGCACGGGACCUGCAGAGCUCAGCUCUCCAACAGCAGCCCCUCCAGCAGCACGGCAUCUUGCAGAAGCUGCUGGAGCAGAGGGGGGCUGCUCUAGAGCAACAGGCUGCCCUUCACAAGCUCCUGAUGCAGUCCCCCUCCCGCGCUCCCCCCCUGGGAGCAAACUACCUGGAACUGGCCAACAUGCUCCACCAAGCAGCCCUGGCCUCGCUGAAAGGUGAUGUGGUGGAUUUGAACAAGCGUCUCCUGCAAAGUGAGAGAGAGCGUGAGACUUUAGAAAAGACCCUGGCUAAAUCACAGUGUGAGCAGUCCCACCUGAUGCGAGAGUAUGAGGAAGCACAGGAGCGAAAUAUGCUGCGCUACGAAGAGAGAAUCACUGAGCUGCACAGCAUCAUCGCCGAGCUCAACAAAAAGAUCGACCAGCUGCAGGGCACAACCAUCAGGGAGGAAGAUGAGUUCUCUGAACUUCGUUCUGAGCUAAGCCACAGCCAGCCGGAAGUAAAUGAGGAUGGACACAGUGUGGACCUGGACCAGGACCAGGACCAGAACUCUGUCUCGGUGCCUGAGAAUCAGUCUACCUUAGUUACUGCAGAUAUGGAUACCUGCAGUGACCUGAACUCGGAGCUGCAGCGGGUUCUCACAGGCCUGGAGCGUGUUGUCUGUCGCAAGAAAAGCACAUGCAACCUCUCAGUAGCCGAGGUGGAUCGUCACAUCGAGCAGCUGACGACAGCCAGUGAGCACUGUGACCUAGUCAUUAAGACUGUGGAGGAGAUUGAGGGAGCCCUAGGAGGAGAUCUUUACCCCAGCCUGGCGGAGGAGCGCAUUCACUGGGAGAGGGAGCUGAAGGCCCUGAGGGAUGAAAAGGAGAGCCUGAUCGCCGUGCUGUGCAGCAAGGAAGACGACCUGAACCGCACCAAGGCGACCGUCAGUGCUGUUCGCGAGGAGCGAGACCGUUUAAGGAGGCGGGUUCGGGAGCUGCAGUCCCGUCUACAGAGUGUCCAGCUGACAGGUUCCUCCAGUCCCGGGAGGCUUACCCAGACCAGUCGGCCCAUUAACCCCAGUACGGGUGAGCUCAGCACCAGCAGCAGCAGCAAUGAUAUCCCUGUGGCCAAGGUAGCAGAACGGGUCAAAUUGUCCAAAACCAGGUCCGAAUCGUUAUCCAUAGAGAGGCCUGUUCUGGGCUCAGAGAUCAGCAGCAUUGGGGUGUCCAGCAACAUAGCAGAGCACUUGGCUCACUCGUUACAAGACUGUUCGAAUAUCCAGGAGAUCUUCCAGACCCUUUAUUCGCACGGCUCUGCCAUCUCGGAGAGCAAGAUCCGCGAGUUUGAGGUGGAGACCGAGCGGCUGAAUAGUCGAAUCGAGCAUUUAAAAUCCCAGAAUGACUUGCUGACAAUCACGCUGGAGGAGUGUAAGAGCAAUGCUGAGCGGAUGAGUAUGCUGGUGGGGAAGUAUGAGUCCAACGCAACAGCCCUGAGGCUAGCUUUGCAGUACAGUGAGCAGUGUAUAGAGGCCUAUGAGCUGCUUCUCGCCCUGGCAGAGAGUGAGCAGAGUGUUGUUCUAGGCCAGUUCAGAGCGGCUGGUGUAAGCACUGCUGUAGACCCUUCCAGCGAGGAGAGCAUCACCCAGAUUUUGAAACGGGCUCAUGACAGCCGGCGGACAGCGGAGAACGCUGCCAAAGAUCUGCUGGCCAGGCUGGAUGGGAGCUGUCUGGGCACCUUCGCUGUGUCCGGGUGCAGCAUGCAGCCUUGGGAAAGUCUGUCCUCCAACAGCCAUACCAGCACGACUAGUUCGACGGCCAGCAGCUGUGAUACAGACUUUAGCAAGGAGGACGAGCAGCGCCUGAAAGAUUAUGUCCAGCAGUUGAAGAAUGACCGGGCAGCAGUGAAGCUGACCAUGCUGGAGCUGGAGAGUGUUCACAUCGACCCCCUUAGCCAUGACGUCAAGCCCCGUGGAGACUCACAAAGGCUGGACUUGGAGAAUGCUGUGCUAAUGCAAGAGCUUAUGGCCAUGAAGGAGGAGAUGGCAGAGCUGAAGGCCCAGCUGUAUCUGCUGGAGAAGGAGAAGAAAGCCUUGGAACUGAAGCUGAGCACCAGAGAGGCCCAGGAGCAGGCUUAUCUGGUGCACAUUGAGCACCUGAAAUCCGAGGUGGAGGAACAUCAAGAGCAGAGGAAGAGGUCUCUCAGCUCCACAGGCAGCAGCUCUGUGGGAAAGGACUGUGCAGAAGGCAGCUCUACCGCCGUGACUCCGACUGAUCUAAGGACUCUUACUGAUGGUGAACUGGCUGCUGAGCUCACCAGCACACUCCGACGGGAGAAGAAGUUGAAGAGUCGAGUGCAAGAGCUGGUGGCAGCUUUAGAAAGACUUACUAAAAGCAGUGAGAUCCGACACCAGCAGUCUGCCGAGUUUGUUAAUGACCUGAAGAGAGCCAACAGCAACCUGGUAUCAGCUUAUGAAAAAGCUAAGAAGAAACAUCAAAACAAGUUGAAGAAGCUGGAGUCUCAGAUGAUGGCCAUGGUGGAGCGUCACGAGACACAGGUGCGCAUGCUGAAGCAGCGUAUCGCCCUGCUGGAGGAGGAGAACUCGCGCCCUCACACCAACGAGACAUCACUCUGAGGCGGGGGCCCUGUGCUGGUCGGCCAUCAGACUGUGGCCCUCAGUGUGGGUGCUGGGGGUCCAAUGUGGAAUGCACUCCCUGCCUCCUCCAAAAUACUCUGUGUGGGGGAUCACACAACCAGAAUGGAGACACACGUACAAUGGACACCAAAACACAUGUUAUGACCAAAUAAAGGCAUAAUGACCAAAAAAGGCAUACAUGUGGACACCUUCCAGCAGAAUGCAUGCAUGCAAAAUCCAUAUGCACUAGAAGGAGCAAUGAUGUCACACGUUUGAGAUAUUCUUAUCCACAUACCCAAAGUAAAAAAUGCAGUAUUGGAAUCCAUACUGUGAAUUUCAUGGCAAUAGCAAAAGCAAAUCCACUGUGGCUGUUGUAAUGACUGGACAUUAUCUAAUGAAGAUAAACAUUCUUGUCUAUUUAUGUAAGAGGUGAUGCCUAAAAUCACCGUUUACUCUUUUUAUAUACAUGUGCAUUCAAAUUUUAUAUGAUCGUAUAGAUAAAAGCAAUCAGGCAUACAGUGCUAUGCUUUAUGGCGAACACUGCAAUGCAGGGCAAUAUCAUUUAAUACUGGUCAGGCAUUAUUUUGACCAAGUUUAUUUUUUGUGACUAUCAACUGAAAUUAAUCCUGAAUUAAAAGGACAAUGACCUUGUGACCUACAUGAUAUUAAAAUAUCAAUUCGCAAUUUACAUUGAAUAUCCAUCCAUCCACGCAUCUUCAAACAUCUUUUACUGGUGACAGUCAUAAUGACAGCGCAUGUCGCAAGUCCAUUCCAGACCUUUCCUUUGAAGCCCACAGGUUUUUUUCAUUCUUAGAAGUUCCAAGCCAUCUGGGAGAUAUUUCCCCUGCAGUAGGUUCUGGGUCUGCUCCACGGCCUCCACUCCUUGGGACAUGUCCUCAAACAGGUGGCAUCCUUGUGAGAUGCCUGAACCUCCUCAGCUGAAUCAUCUGAAUCAAAAAGAGCAGCAUGUCUCCUUCCUAUCAUCUCUCUGAACUUCUCGCCAUUACUGAGCGUGAGCUCUCAAUGUUGUGGAAACCUUGUUUCUGUAACUGAUUUUGUUCCUUCAGUAAUUAACUAGUAGCUCCCCAGAAAACCCUGAGCCCUGCCUGACUGCACGGUCUCCCCUCCCCACUGUGGAUCAGUAAUGUCCCCGCAGCAGUGCAGCUACUGAGACCAUGGGUCUGUCAGACUCAUGUUCUCUUUCACUCUCGCUCAUGAGCAAGAUCUCACAAUAUUACUUCUCUUCACAGCCAGAGCAGAUUCAACAUUGCUUUGAAUUCAAGUCUUCAGAAAAAAAACCUUUUGAAAAAGAUUCUUCUUAGUUUGUAUAUACCUUUUCUCUUUGAAGAAAUUUAUAACCUUAUGUUUGUAUAUAUUUCGAAUAGUCUUAUUUUGACAUAUUAAAUUGUAUAAAUGUGAAAUGCUGCAAUUCAGAAAACCUUGUAAAUAAAUCCAGUGUAAAGAUUUGUGGGGAAGAUGCCUUAAAUCCCAUUUAUAUGCUUUUACUUACAUUUUUGAAAUUCAGAUUAAUGUUUUUCCUCACCAAAGUAAAGAGACUAGGAAUUUUGAGUGAUUAUUAUGUUUAUCAUCCAUAACUGGGGCAAACUGUCUUUUAUUUGACAAAAGGGACACAAGACUGGCACUUGGCCUUAAGACAUGCAAAGUGAAGUUUGUCGUUCCAUCCAUCUGCACGUUCAGCAUAUAGUGGAACGAGACAAUGUUCCCUGAUGCACCUUAUACAGCAUAGACUACAGGGCAGUUAAAUGCAACAAAGUUCUUGGAACCAAGAAGAAAAAAAACACUCCGCCCUUGUGUGUUGAUUCAUCUGGUUUUUUGAGGAUUCGUUUGCAAACUAGCAUGAUGUGACAGAACUGAAAUUCAACUCGGUAUGCAAUAUGGAAAGCGAUUGAAUUUUCUCCUGCCAAUCCAGCUAACACUUCUCUUGCCCAUUGUGAGAUAUAUGUAGUUUGUUGCACCUGCAUUUGCUAUAUAGUAAUGUUGAAUACAUAAUCAUAUAUCCAUGUUCUGCUGUACUUAAUUAAAUUUGUGUUAUAUGAUGGAUAUCCUGUGGAUCAUCUUCAGUUUUUCAGUUUAUGGAAAGUCUGCUGCUUUCCAACCAUUUUUUUCCUCCAAAUUAUUACAUCCAAAUAUUACUACGUGCUGCAUUAGUAGUUUGAUAGAAUAUUUUUGCUUCUUAUACACACGUGAAAAGCGAACUGUUUUAAAUACAACUAAAACAAUGUUUAGAAUUUUUUCCCUAUUUUGUGAAGUUUUAAACAAUAACAGGGAAUAUUGCUUGAGGCUAUGCAAUUAAGGCCAUGUAUCUCAAAGAAAAUUCACAGUAUCAGCUGUUUGCAAGCUAGACAGCACUUUUAAACACAACUGCAUGUAGCUGUAAACAUACUGUGUAAACAUUUCAGGAUUUAUGUUUUUUAUUACUAUAUUUCAGUCUCUCAAUCUGUCGUUUUAUCGAAAUCAGAAUUUUGCUUGAGCCAAAAAGUUUUAUGUAUAGGAAUGUGUAUUGUCUGUCUACCUUAACGCAAUACAGCAGUCUAUUAAUGGUUUCAUUUCACCAGAUUAAUCCUUGUAAUUUUAAUUAUGUUCUUGGUUUUGCCUUUGGCAGUGGAUCUGUAUCAACAGUCCUUCAAAUAUGUGUUGUUUGGAAGGGCAGCUUUUGUGUUUCUCACCUAAUUUGCACAUAUAUUUAUUAAUUGACAAUCUAAAGAACCGAAUACAAAUGGUAAUGCAUUAGAUUAACUGCACAUUCAUAAUACAUUCAUUAUGCAUUCAUAGAACAUUCAGUGCACCUUCAUAAUACAUUCAUAGAGCAUUCGUAGGCGUCAUGUAAGUUUACCUUAACAUCCUAAUGUACUGCUUUAUUAUACUUCAAUAACAAACAUUAUAUGAUUAUACAGUUUGUUGUUAAUGUGUAAAAGCUGUUAAGGUAUGUUAGGAUGCUGCUUAUAAAUUUUAUAUGAAUGCAUUAUGAAGGUGCGAUUAAUGUAAAUUGUCACCAGUUGUUUAUAGCAUAUGUGAAUAAAACAACUGAAAUGACCUAUUUCUUGAAAUUUGACAA